UUAAAAUAAGCGUGGCGGCGUACCAAUCAGCUCGCGCCCCCGGCUGCGGUUGCUAGGCAGAUUAUGGUAAUAAGUCUGGGCAACCUCUCCCCCCCUUCCGCUCUGCAGCUACCAUUGUGAGGUGAGGACAGGUGGGCGGGUUUGGUUUGCGGCGGGCCCUGGGAGACGGUCCGGACACGACACCGCCACUGAACCCCCUCAGCCAUGGUACAGAAGGUUACCUUGUCUCGAGACAAAACAGCCAGAUGAAUCUUUUCAGCCAAGCUCAGUUUCGAUAAUUAGUUAUCACACUAUGGAGCCUGACAGCAGGGAUGACAUCGACUUGAAAGAGGAAACCGCACAGGUGUGGUCUGAAUCAGCUGAGCAGGAACAGAAUACUGCUCAGGUCCACUUUGUCCCUGAAGGUGGAACUGUGGCUCAGAUUGUGUACAGCGAUGAUCAGGACCGUCCUUCACAGCAGGUGGUCUACACUGCCGACGGCACAUCUUACACCUCUGUGGACACCUCGGAGCAUACACUGGUGUACAUCCACCCCGUGGAAGCCACUCAGACUUUGUUUACAGACCCGUCCCAAGUGGCAUACGUCCAGCAGGAUGCAGCGACACAGCAGGUAACUGUGCUCUUGCCUGCUACUCCUCCUCCUCCUCCUGAUGCUGCUGCUGCUGCUCAGAGCAUGAAUCCCACCCACCUCUCUGUGCUUGGCAACGUUGCCGACCCCUCAGCGGCUCUGGAGCAGGACCCUCAAGCAGACAGAGUAUCAAUACCAGUGCACAGCCAAGUUUUGCCUCCUAUGGAGGCCGUGGAUGAGUCUGGUCCUCUGGAACCUUUGCACAACCCAAUAAGUGAUACGGAAGCAAAAGAGGAAAACGAUGAGGAUGAUGAGGAUGAUGACGACGACGAGGAUGAGGAAGAUGAGGAAGAAGAGGGAGAAGAUACCGACAUGGAUGAAUGGGAUCCAGAUCCACCUCAUCCCUUUGACCCAAAUGACCUGUGGUGUGAAGAGUGUAAUAAUGCACACCCCUCAGUUUGCCCAAAGCAUGGACCCUUACACCCAAUCCCAAACCGGCCUGUACUGACCAGAGCAAGAGCCAGCCUUCCCUUAGUGCUUCACAUAGACCGAUUCCUCGGAGGAGUGUUUUCCAAGCGGCGCAUUCCCAAGCGCACCCAGUUUGGCCCUGUGGAAGGACCCCUGGUCAGACAGUCAGAGCUUAAAGACUGCUAUAUCCAUCUAAAGGUGUCCCUUGACAAAGGUGACAGAAAAGACCGGGGUCUGCAGGAGGAUCUCUGGUUUGAACUGUCUAGCGAGGCUCUUUGCAACUGGAUGAUGUUUGUGCGGCCAGCCCAGAAUCACCUGGAGCAGAAUCUGGUCGCCUACCAGUAUGGCCACCAUAUUUAUUACACAACGAUUAAGAACGUGGAGCCCAAACAGGAACUCAAGGUGUGGUAUGCUGCUUCAUAUGCUGAAUUUGUCAAUCAGAAAAUCCAUGAUGUAUCCGAAGAGGAAAGGAAAGUUCUCCGAGAGCAAGAAAAAAACUGGCCAUGUUAUGAGUGCAACCGACGGUUCAUGAGCUCAGAGCAGCUCCAGCAGCACCUGAACUCCCAUGAUGAAAAGCUGGAUUUCUUCAGCAGAGCAAGAGGCAGAGGUCGUGGACGAGGAAAACGAAGAUUUGGACCAGGCAGGCGACCGGGUCGCCCUCCUAAAUUUAUGCGCUUAGAAGUAACCAGUGAAAAUGGAGGAAAAUGUGUGGAAGGGACACAGGACUUGCUGCAUUUCUCCAGCAAGGGGCAGUUUGAUGAGGCUGGGCAAGCCACGCUGAAUGGACUGGACCAACAGGAACAAACACCGGUGCCACAAGAGACGCCAUCAUCCUUGGAUCAGCAGCCCGAGAGCCACCCCUUACAGCUCCAGCCGCAUGAACAGACUGUGGUGGCUACCCAGAGCACAAUGACAGCAGACGACAUGCGGAGAGCUAAGCGUAUCCGGAACGCAGCUCUCCAGCACUUGUUCAUCCGAAAGUCAUUCCGUCCCUUCAAAUGCUUGCACUGUGGGAAGGCGUUCCGUGAUAAGGAAAAGUUAGAUCAGCACUUACGGUUCCACGGGCGGGAAGGAAAUUGUCCUCUGACCUGUGACAUCUGCAACAAAGGCUUCAUUAAUACCAGUGCCCUGGAGAGUCACAUGAAGUUCCACUUGGACCAGAAGACCUAUUCUUGCAUUUUCUGCCCAGAGUCCUUUGACCGCUUGGAUCUGUUGAAAGAUCACGUGGCGAUCCACGUUAACGAUGGUUGUUUCACCUGCCCUACCUGUAAAAAGCGCUUUCCAGAUUUUAUCCAGGUGAAGAAACAUGUACGCAGCUUCCAUUCAGAAAAGAUUUACCAGUGCACCGAAUGCGACAAGGCUUUCUGCCGCCCUGACAAGUUGCGACUCCACAUGCUGCGGCACUCGGACCGCAAAGACUUUCUGUGCUCUACGUGUGGCAAGCAGUUCAAGAGAAAGGACAAACUUCGGGAGCACAUGCAGAGAAUGCACAAUCCAGAAAGAGAAGCAAAGAAAGCUGACCGAAUUAGCCGCUCCAAAACAUUCAAGCCCCGGAUAGCCUCCACAGACUACGAGAGCUUCAUGUUCAAGUGCCGCCUGUGCAUGAUGGGGUUCCGGAGGCGAGGCAUGCUGGUGAACCAUUUAUCAAAGAGACAUCCAGACAUGAAAAUAGAGGAGGUGCCAGAGCUAACAUUGCCCAUCAUCAAGCCCAACAGAGAUUAUUUCUGUCAGUACUGUGAUAAGGUUUACAAGAGCGCCAGCAAACGCAAAGCCCACAUCCUGAAAAACCACCCAGGUGCUGAGCUCCCUCCGAGCAUCCGAAAGCUACGUCCAGCAGGCCCAGGAGAGCCAGAUCCCAUGCUAAGUACACACACCCAGCUGACGGGCACAAUAGCAACGCCGCCAGUUUGCUGUCCGCACUGUUCCAAGCAGUACAGCAGUAAGACCAAGAUGGUGCAACACAUUCGCAAGAAACACCCUGAGUUUGCUCAGAUUCCAACUAACACGAUACAUGUGCCGUUGACAACAGCUGUAAUCAGUGCUACCCCUGCAGUAUUAACUUCUGACAGCACUGCUGGGGAGACCGUUGUGACAACAGAUUUACUGACCCAAGCCAUGACAGAACUGUCGCAGACACUGACCACCGACUACAGAACUCCGCAGGGUGAUUUCCCGCGAAUCCAGUACAUCCCCGUGUCACAAUCCACAGCCGGCUUGCAGCAGCCUCAACACAUACAACUGCAGGUUGUGCAAGUGGCUCCGGCUACCUCACCCCACCAGUCUCAACAUUCCACAGUGGACGUCGGACAGUUGCAGGACACUCAGACAUACGCCCAGCAUGCCAUCCAAGUGCAGCAUAUCCAGGUCACAGAAUCAAGCCCAACAGCCCCAGCAUCUUCACAGGUGGGAAGUCAGCCCUUAAGUCCUUCAUCCCAACCAUCUCAGCAGGAGCUCAGCCCUUCCCAGAUGCAGGCAACCAGCUCGUCACAAAGCCAAACUCUCCAAUCACAGCAAGGUUCUUCGGUCCAGCAAGCAUAUCUUCCCAGUUCAUGGAACUCAUUCCGCAGCUAUCCCUCUGAUAUUCAGAUGAUGACCCUCCCACAGGGCCAGUAUGUGAUUGCGGAGGCAGCCGUAGGAACUCCUGUCACUACAGUGAACACGGGGCAAGUGAAAACAGUCGCCCAGACGCAUUAUGUAUUAGCUGAAGGUCAAUCUGACUUGGAUGUAAAGCCAAACCUCGCACUUUCUAGUAGCAUAGAAGUGGGUCUGUCUCAGCCAUCAACACAUUCGGACUCCUUGGAAUCACAAACAGCGAAUCAGCAGCAAACGACGCAAUACAUCAUAACCACCACAACCAAUGGCAAUGGAAGCAGUGAUGUGCACACGGAAAAGCCAUGAAUUCUCCUUUGUGGCAAAGGAAGGAGGAGAUCCAGCUGAAUCUGCUGACUUUUUAGAUUCAUAAUCCUGAAUAUCUGAGGCACUAAGAGAUGUUUUAACAAGUUUGUUUAUAUAACUUGAAGUUCCUCGUCUCAUGCUGAAUUCGCAGAAUUUCAGGUCUAAAUGAUACCUAAAGUUACUCACAGCCCUGUUAGGAUGCCAGCAAUUCCCAGAGCUCUUGAACAAAGAAGGGUGUAAAACAAAAUGGAAACUAAGAUUCUUCUGGACCCCCCCUUUUUAAUUUAUUCCAGGGGAACCCUUAUUUUUCAUUUGUUGAAGCCUUCACAACAAUGAAAGGUUUGCUGAACAUGUAACUGCUGGCAGAAUAUGCCUCAUGUAUGUGUUUCAUACCUGCAGUUUUAAAAAGCAGUCUGUCUCAGUAGCUAAUUACAUUUCUUUUGGCUUAAUUUCUUGUGUAGCCAUGGACGAAGGGAAUAUACCAGCAUGGGAAAGGGGGGUGGGGGGAGAGAAAUAAAUAAGAAAAUUGCCUGAAAGGAAAGAAGCAAUUACUGACCAUUGUUUCCCACAGUGUUUGGGACAGUUGGGACAGUGAAACUGUGAAGCUGUGCGGAAGCAGUUAAGUUAUUUUUCUUUUUUAAAAUUUUUAUUUUUUGGAACCUUGUGAACUGUUUACAUACCGUCUGCACUGUCCUGGUGCUGAGUUCUGGAGAGUAUGAAGGAAGCUAUCUUGGAGCCCUCCCAAGUCUCAAACCUAUUCAAAUCACAGGAGCAUUUAAGGUAACACUGAGUUUCAACCUUCACCUUGUUGUCUGUGUUCCUUCUGUACAAGGGGGAAGAUUCCUUUUCCCUAUUAAACAAGAAUAAAAAGGCUCAGUGAUGUUUUAA